AACAAUGUCAGAAGCGAAGAAUGUUGACACAGUACGCAUGUUUGACAGGCGAUUAUACUUUAUCAUGUUUAUUGUGCAUAUUAUGUCAUGUAUGUGGAAUGUGACUGUGAGGGAUGAAGAGAACGUUGUCUGAGUUACCUCUGAGACCUUCAAAGUCUUCAUGAGAACAUUGUAAAGGAUAACUUCAACAGGUCAAGAAUCAUGAGAGAGAGUCAGUAUCGUUGGGUCCUGUACCUCCAAUAUUUCCUCAUAUUUGUAGAUUUAUUCGUCAACUCUUUUGUGGAUCUUCUGCGGCUUGACAAUGUCACCCAGCUUGUUAUGUUUAUAGUCCAAGAUAUCUGCCUCAUCUUUGCGACAAUUGUUGUAUUCUUGAUGUUCUUCAACACAUACGUAUUCCAAGCUGGUCUGGUUGGAUACCUCGUACAUAAGUUCAAGUUCACCAUAGCCAUAUUGUUCUUGUACUUUGUUCUGUGUCUGGGCCUGCAUAUUUGGACCAUGACGCUCAGAUGGGGAAACAUUGAUGCAUAUAUCUGGAAUGAAGGGUUCCAGGCUUUGUAUGUCUUCCAGAGAGUAGGUGCCGUAUUCUACUAUUACUACUACAAACGAACAGCUCUUCGAUUGGGAGACCCCCGAUUCUACAGAGACUCUGCCUGGUUAAGGAGACAAUUUGGAAAAGUUCAGUAAAUCAUGGCAUGCGUUUUUCUGCUCCACUGAAAUUGUGAAUAUGCGUUUUACAGCGUGUGUGUGUUUUUACAUGUAUUUAUUUAUUGUAUACAAACUGUUUCAUUGAAAAGUACUGAUAGUAUUUGCCUUUGUUUUUAUUAGUGUGUCUUAAAAAAAAGAUAAAACUUGUUGGGUUUUCCCUCACUGGAUUGCUUGAACUGUUUACAGGUAUGAUAUGUGUUUGAAUUGAAAAUGAGUGCCUCGUGAAAGCAGUGUUCUUGUAUUCAUGAAGAAUUCGUCCCCUGUAUAUCUAAACCUGUUUUAUAGAGCGUGCUUUGUAUCUGCUCCGAGCGCAACAAUAGAGGGCGUGUUUUUUGGGGUACUCACCACAUAAGCACGUGUUGAUAACGCGGAGCACGCUGAGUACGCGUAACAAUUUUAUUUCUUAAAGUAUGGUCUUUGCGUACACACAGAAUGCAUGCAAGAACCCUUGACAAACUUACAGCCAUCUGUCUUUCUUUUGCCCCUUGAGGGUGCUCUUCAACUUGGGGCAGAUGAUUUAUAUGAUACUUCAUCAUUUUCCAGUAACCAAUUGAAUUGAAUUUGAAGGAACCCCCCCAUGUAUGGAGACCAUCCAUCAAUGUCAUUUAUUCAGUAAGCCAUCAGUGGACAAGACACUGACUGGCCAUUCUUUUGUUGUUGACUAUGUUUUGUAUGUCAACAGUCACAUUACAAUCACUGGGGUCAUAUGUCAUGAUGAUGUCAGACUGCCUGUAAUAAUUAUGCAAAUAUUUUACUGCCAAGAACAUCAACAUUAAAUAUUAUAGGCUCACAACAAUAUUGACAGAACCAAAUGUUUUUUAAUGCCAACCAAAUCUUUCUUUGAAAUACAUGUAAAAAUCAAAAUUAACACACCAUUGAUUUUAAGCAUAAGUUUUACUAAAUAUUGAGACCACCGUACUAUCAAUGUUAACAAAGAUUUGUGCUUUACAUGUAUGCUACUCUAUGUAAUAUUUGUGUUAAGAAAAUGAAGUUGUAAAUGUGAAAGUUGAAUUAAAAGAGUUACAUAGAGCAGUCCUGGUAGCGUGCAAGACAUCUUAUUACAUGUAUAUGUAUUCAUGUAGUCUGCUUCUCUCUACGUCAUCUAAAUAUGAUUACAUUUCUGAUUGCCUCAUUGCCUUGUUCUUUGUUUGGAUAUUAUAUCGAAGGUUGUGCCGGACAUGCAAUGUAUGCUCAUCCAAAUGUGAAAAGGAAAUUAAUUUGAAGUUUUUGCUGUUUUUCUCCUGAUUUUAAGAUUUGAGUAUUCUGACCCCCGUUUUGAUAGUUUAAACUUGAUUUUUUUGCAUCCCUGUGCAACAUAAAGAUGGCUAUGACAUCUAGGAGGCAUGCAGACGAGGCUUGAUGUUUACAAAUGGACUGCUUCUCGUCUGUAAGAAAUAAAUAUAGGCUAUAGUCGCAACUUGCAAACUGCCCAAGUUAAAUGUACAUGUAUUAAAAAAGGGCCCUUGGGUUCUCUCAAAAGGAGAAAGAAUGAAAAAACACUCAAGACAGAGGGAGUUCCUAAUUAAUCUUCUUUACAAGAUUGAAAAACACUACAAAACUGAAAAUCCCUCAAAAUGGAGUCAUAUAAAAGACAACACUCUUUCCAUUUGACCAUUACAUGGAACCUUGGAAGAGUGGAAAUUUUACUCUGUUGGUUUUCACUGUUUUGAGUGGGUCUUACUCUUUUUAAAGAGUGAUUUUCACUCUUUUUGAAUGGUUUUAUUGGGGAUUCACUGGUUUUGAGAAUGAGGUUUUCAUCUUCGUAGAUAUAUAUGUACGUCUAUGGUUAUUUAAUGUUCUACAUUGUGAUAAACUGCAUGACUGUGUAAACAAAAACAACUACAAGGCUAACAUGGCUUAAACAAAGACUAGUUAUGCACCAGCUAUUAAUAAAAACAAAAAGAAUCA